AUGGUUUCCAAAGUCCUCUCUCUGCUCGCUGUCCCCUUGGCUGGCGUCGCUGCCCAAGUCUCGUGGCCGACCCUCCAGAACAUCUCGCUCACUCAGUACAACAUAUCUGGUUUUGAGGCUGACCGACUCGGAAAGUAUUCGUACCAGUUCGAGUACUUUGAUCACUACACCGGCUUCAUCGGCGCGUGCGCAGGAAGCGGUGACUCGAGUGAAGCAGGCUGCACGUAUGGAGUGCCUUGGGGUGGAAACAUUGAGGUGGCCCCUGUUGCAAUUGCCAGCGAGCUUUAUGGCCCUGAGCACGAGAUCAGGACCAACUUGACUAUCCAUGCUCACUAUGCCGCAGCCGCGACCAACUACAUCGCAAACUACACUGGCAAGGCAGUUGUGUCCCCAUUGUUCUCGACCGAUGCCGUCGUUACCCCAUUCACAAUCGAGCUUGAGCUUGUGUACAACGGAACUGCGAUCUAG